AUGCAAUACUUGAGGUGUUGUCCAUUGUUUCGCGGAUGUUCAUUUAUCAAAGCUGAGAGACCACAAAUAAAAAGGCAAUCUGCGAUAGCGAUGGUGCCAGAAUGGUUGAAUGAGCUUGCGCACACGUUUGAUCCUUUUUAUUAUGUGAUGGUGAUGGGUACCGGGAUUUCUCCCAAUCUGCUAUUUUCAUUCCCCUACGAGGGAAAAUGGUUACAAAGAUGCUCAUAUCCAAUGUUUGCUGUGGCAUGUUUGAUAUUCCUAUACACCCAUUUGCUACAACUGAUAAACAUGUACGUGUACCUUAGAACACAGUCGUUUAAAAAGUAUUUGGACGACUCUUUCAGGGACUUGCGUCAGAAUGUAUUUUGGGGAGCGUACCCCAUGGGAUUUGCCACAAUAAUCAACUAUAUUGUGGGUUUGGCAAUCAAUAAGGUCAAAAAUCCAGCUGUCGCCAGGCGAUUGAUGAGGCUCAUUUACGUUUUUUGGUGGUAUGACGUUUUCGUCUCACUCUUAUGUGCCUGGGGCAUAUCGUUUCUCAUCUUUCAAAAACACUACUAUCCAGAUUUCACUUGUGAUGAGAAGGGGUUGCGAAGAAAAAUGGUGAACGAGAAUUUGAACUCGACUUUGAUAUUGCUGGUCGUCCCGCUCGUAGUUGCUGUAUCAUCAGGUGGUGUAUUUACUAUGACAGAUCUUUUCUCAGCGACAUUCAACAGAAACAUCCAAUUGAUGACAAUGGUAGUAACAGCUUUAAUGUGGCUCCACGCGGUAAUAUUCGUCUUUAUCCUUAUUGUAAUAUACCUUUGGAAUUUGUAUGUUAAUAAAAUACCCACCAUGGCAAAAGUUUUCACAAUGUUUCUGCUAUUAGGUCCUAUGGGUCAAGCAAGUUUUGGCGUAAUGCUCAUCUGUGACAAUGUCAAGUUGUAUACGGAGAAAUAUUACCAGGUGUCAGAAUUAACUACAGAUUACGGAAUCUUGGCAAUAUCGGUCCCAUGGUGUUUCAAAAUAUUUGGUUUACUUUCAGCAUUAGCCCUGCUCUCAAUGGGAUAUUUCUUCACCGUACUUGGGUUGAUGGCACUUUCAAGUUACUACAAUACCAAGAUUUGUACUGUGCAGGGAAAUGAAACAAAGAUACAAAGAAUAUAUCAUUAUCAUAAGGGUUGGUUUUCAAUGACUUUCCCGAUGGGCACUAUGUCAUUGGGUAGUUUCCACAUUUAUUCCUUUUACGGUCAAUAUGUACCAUUGUCAGCUUUUAGAGUUAUAGGUGCAAUAUACGCCGUGGUAUGUGUUGUUUGGUGUCUAAUCUGCCUAUUAGGAACACUAUGGGUGUCCGUAUUUCCCAUAGUUAUUGGAAGAUACAGGAAACAUCGCUACCAGAGAUCGACAAAAAUGACAGACCAUUCUGAAGACGCAAGAACGUCAGAGACAUUCUCUGAUUGGACUGUACAAAAUUAG